UAAAGUGUCGGUCGGUUUUAAAUAUAAAAUUAAAAAAAAAAAAACUAAAAAUAUAUUUAAAAAAAAAAAAUACAAUAAAAAAUAUAAAAUAAUAUAAAAUUAUCUAAAAAUUAAUUAACUGGCAUUCACAUAAAAUAAAGUACAAAGGCAGAAAAUCUUAAAAUGUGACCUUUAAGUGCGUUUUAUAAUUUGAAAAAAUUCAAUAGCAACAAAAUUAUAAAAACUUUUAUCAGCAAUUUAGUGCAUCUGAACAUUUGACAUUCAUUAUUAAAUAUAUAUAAACAUACAUACUUAUGUAUGUAAUAUAAAUUACUUUAAAAGUGUUUAAAAAUAAAAAGUAUAAGAAAAAAUUUAAAUCUUCAAGAUUUUAAUAAAAAAAAUAAUUAAGAAAAAAAAAAAAAUUGAAAUGGCAACUCCACGCUCAACAGCACCAGCCACACCAGUAUUAGCUGUAUCCUGCCGAAUGUUACGUUCACCAUCUCAUGAAAGUGUUACAACAGAUUUAUCAUUAUUUUCAGUGUCAUCUUUACAGUCAGAGGCCUUAGGUAAACAUCGAGUUUUCGCUUUAAAAGAACAGAGGGGCCCUAGUCCAAAUCCAGAAGCAAAACUUCAUUUAACACGUCCAGCUAAUAUACCAGAAAUAACAUGGUUUGAAGAAGGCAACGAUUUAAUACGUAGUUGUGCAGCAUUAUCAUCAGCAUUAGGAAUGCAAAAAAGUUUUAGUACAAGUGAUAUAGCACAAUUACCGUUACCCGAAUCUCAAACAAAUCAAUUACGUUCAACAGUAUCAGAAUUGGCAUUAAAUUCAUUACAACGUUGUGGCUAUAUGUUAGAAAAUCCACGUUUAGAUCAUACAUCAAGAUCAUGUUCAACAUGGGUUGCAGUUGGUGAAUUAGCAUCAACAUCUCAAUUACCAUCACCGCAUGGUGGUUCUGUUAAUCCACCAGCAUUAACAAAUACUAGUACACCACCACCCCCUCCAGCAUUUACAGCUGCCGACCUUAUACGAUCAGUUAACAAAAAAGUCCGACAAAAUUAUAUAAGACGCCGUCUAUUAACAACUUAUCGUGCUUUAGAACGUUUAUCACAAAGUGAAUUUAAUUUAGAUCGAUUAGAAGCUGCAGCUGUAGCUGCAGCAUCAAUUAAUAGUGGUAAUACAAAAAUUGGAAUGAUAGGUGGACCAGGUCCAACAGAACUUGUCGUUCCAACAAAUAUAUUACAAAAACAACAGCCAACAAAAAAUAGCUCAACAAGUACAUCAUCAUCAAUAAAUAAAAAUGUUAUUAAAAAUACCGGAAAUGAUAAUAAAAAAUGUAAAGAAACAACUGAUACUGCCAAACAAGUUUCACAAACUAAAGCUAUUUUAUGUGAACAAUUAAAAAAGAAAAUAAGCAUGAAUGUUAAUCAAAAUUUAACAAUUCAUGAUAUAGAAAGGGAACGUGGAAAACCAUUAUCGAAAUAUGAAAGAAAUAUGAUGAUAUUCAAUUGGUUACAUUCCUUAGAUGAAACUUCAACAGUAGAGGAUAUGCCUUAAAUAUUAAAAAAAAAGAAAAACAAAAUAAAAAUAUUAAUCUAAUAAAAAAUUAAUUCUUGCAUAUUUCUUUCUCAAACAUGGAAGUUAUAAAAUCUAUAUAUAGUAAAGAGUAAACAAUUUCAAUAAAAAAAUGAAAACAAUUUAUAAAUAAAAAAUUAAUUACUAUACAAAAAAUACGAAUUUGUUUUCAUUUUUAUAUUAUAUUUAAUUUAGUGUAAAAGAACUGAUGCUUAAAUGUUCAUAUAAAAAAAAAAAAUUAAAUUAUAUAAUUAAAUUUAAUUUUAUAAUAAAAGAAUGCAUUCAUAUAUAUUAAAAGUUUAUAAAAUAGAAAAAGAUCAAUUAUAGAUUAUGUUAAAAAAGUAAAAUUUA